AUGGUUUCUAAAUCAAAAAUUUCCGAACUUUCCUCGGCAUUUCGACCAAAUGCACCAGACGAUAAGACAUUUCAAGCAGUUUUUCGUGCUAAUAAUUACUAUUCGAAAAAAGAUUACGAAUCUGCUAUAGAAGAAUAUUCCAAAGCCUUAUUAAUAUUACAAUCUAAUCCGGAAUCAAAAAAAGCGUCAGAAUUUGCUGCUCUCGUGUUUUCUAAUAGGAGUGCAAGUUUUUUUCAACGUAAAAAAUGGAAGGACGCAGUAAAAGAUGCAGAACAAGUUAUUCGAAUCAGGCCUGAAUGGCCAAAG